AUGCCAAUGAAUGAACAUAAUAAGGGUGGUACUAGAAAACAAGUUGACGAAUUAUCUAUUAAAGAUAAAAUUGUUUUGAAAAUUUCAAAUCUAUUACAAAUUGUUAAAGAAAAACUAAACUUAAAUAUUAAAUUAUUAGAUUAUGGUGCUGAUUCUUUAAAAAUUGGAUAG